AUGUCUUUAACGCCCAACAACAAUAAUUCCUCAUUCACAACUGACAGUAACAAUAACAAUUGGUUCUUUCCCAAUUCUGCUGCUGCCAGAAGCACUGAUAACUUGGUCUUUGGACACUUUCUUAAUCAUCAUCAGAGUCACAUCACGAUGGAUGAGCAACAACAACAACAACAACAACAGCCCUUGACCUUCACACCCAUCGACAUCAACUCCUCCACUCAUCACAUCACCACCACAUCUAAGAACAACAAGACUGAUACAUCUCCUCCAACCCAAAAGUCCAAGAAGAAACAAAAGGUGGCCUGUGUGUAUUGCAAUAAGCUACACAAAAAAUGUGACGGUGAGCCACCAAAUACCUGCUCACGAUGCUCAAAGAAAUCCAUUCCGUGUGUUUAUUUACCACCUCAAAAAAGAGGUCCCAAGUCAAAGAAGAGAAAGACCACCGAUGGAGAGGAUGAUGACUAUUACUCUACAGAACUAACUACAGAGGCUCAGUUAUCAACUACUGCCAACCAGAAUGAACAAAUUCAACAACUCCAGCUCCAACAAGCUCAACAACAAUUCAAUACUCCAGUGUACUUUAAUCAUGGUACAUCCCAACAACGUUCACAACAACUGGAACAUGUAACAACAGCUCAUCAAUCUCAAAUUGUAGGCUCAAUAGAUUUGGAUACCUACAUAUCUGAAUCUCUUUUCUCACCAAUAUCUAAUAGGGAUUCCAACCAGAUCCAACCUACUUAUCAAUCUAGUCCAUUGACUGGUCUUCAGUUUGCUGUAAAUGUACAUACACGAACCCUAGUUGAUCAAUUUUUAGACUCUGUAACAUGUCAUUCCCUUGUUGAAAAGAACAUGUUAGAAAAUGCACUCACUAAGGCAGUAACUUAUUCAUCUGAACCAACCGGGUAUCAACUCUUGACAAAUAUUGUAUGUGCGAUGGGAGCCCAAAGAUUAGAGGAUAGAAAGAAUUGCAUUGAUUUUUUCAACAGAGCAAGAAAUCAAGCUAGUUAUCUAUUUGACAUGCCUUCGAGAGAAACAUCAUGCGCCUUAAGCUUGAUGGGCAUUUAUGCAUGUUCAGAGGGUGAAAGAAUCAAAGGUCACAUAUACAAUAGAAUUGCUCUCGACAUGUCCACCAAUAUGUGUCGAUAUCAGGUUGAAAAUGACAAGUAUUUUCACUCGCUUUCAGCUCUUUCUUUGGCAACCAAUUUUUCAAAAUGGUUGUUCGAGUUGAACAUUCUAAAGGUGGAAGAAAAUUCCAUCGAUAUUCUACUCAAACAUGGAAAUAAUCCUAAUCAUCCCCAAGUGCCACAGAUUCGUGAUCUUGUGAAAUCAGUUAAAUCAUUUAUCAACUCUCAGUAUUGUAUGAGGAAAAUUGAAGAUUUGGAAAAUAGAAUUAAUGAUAUGACUCUUGUAAAGGGAAGUGAGGAAAUUUCAUUUACAGCCAUAUUGGUUUAUUACUUGCUGGACUCUAGAAUUGCCUCACUAUCAAACAAUAAUCAAGUUGAGUACAUUAAACUUUUGAGAAAAUUGGAAACGAUUGAAAAGUAUGUUGAAUCAGACAAGUUCAACAGGGAUGAUAUUCAAAAGAAUGUACACAGAUUCUGCCUCUACUCUCUAAGAUCAGACAUUCUAGUCAAGUGUGGACUCGACAAGAUGGGAUUACAUUGUGCUACCAAAGCAACUGGAUUGGCAGCAAAGCCAACAUUCUGGAAAUCAGCGCCAGACAUUAUUCUCUUCUUCCCUGUACUAAUCAAUGUUAACCUCAAUGUCAAUGAUAGUAGCAUGUCAAUUGAAAAUUAUAAGUCACUCAAAAUUAUAAGUUCCAAGUUUGUGGUAUUGAAGUAUACACUUUUUGAUAUGAUUAGUGCAAUGAAUAAGAGAUCAGAAUUUUCAGAUCUUUUGGCAACUGAGAAACAACAUGUUACCUCCAGUAGUGUUUCAAAUGCUACAGGUACUUUACAAUUUCCAAACGAUAUUCCAAUGUGUGAGUCUUGUAUUGUUGGUCAGGAUGGUUGGGAUGCCUCAGCACUGUUCGAAGAUGCCAAUAAUGAAUCCUGCUUCCAGACUACUGACAUUACUGAAAUGUUGCAACAAUUAGGCACAGCUCAUGAUCAUGAAUCAUAUCAAAACAAAUUGGAAUCCAUUUGGCAAUCCAUUGCACAAUAAAUUAUCUAAUGUAUUUUAUCAA